ACUCGUUAAGUAUUCCUACUGUAAAACCAGAAUUACGGACCACGAAUUCACUAGGGAACACAAGUGUCGAAGAAUAAGUUUUCUGACAGCCAAGAAAUAUCAGAGUCCUGUUCUUGGGUUUAUACCUGAUUUCUGCAAUGGACCGAUCACUUAUACUGUCAAGCAUUAUGCUGAUUUUGAUGAAGUCUGAAAGUGAAGCGUCCGUCAUUCCUCGUAUUGACAGCAGUUGUCCCGAGAAUGUCCGUUGUCCAACAUAUAUCAUCAUCAGGGAAAAAUCAACGAACGAUUAUGAGUACCGUCGUUACGAUGAGUCCAAAUGGAUUGCUACACGCCAUAUCUCUGCAUCACUAACUGCUGAUGCAGAGACAGAGAUGCACGCACUCCUGGAUGGGUAUUUCAACAGGGAAAAUACUGAGCGAGCUAUCAUAGAGCAGACACAGCCAGUUGUAUUAAGGGUGGCGCCAAACAUUUUCCCAGACGGGCGAUCUGUAUUCGUAAUGUUUCGAAUGAUACCACCAGCUGUCCAUGGUAAUGUUCCUGAACCCACAGCGGCUUCCGUACACAUACAGGAAGUACCAUCCUUCAAUGUAUAUGUAAGACAAUUCUCGGGAUGUUUAGUACUCCCCAGAUGCCAAAACGAAGUCGUAAGGUUACAGAACGACACAAGAAACUCUUCUCUAUACUAUCAAGGAUACUUCCUAUUGGCUGGAUUUGAAUCGAGUACACGAGAACGUGUCAAUAACGAGGCAUGGCUUGUAUCGACGGAACACGUGCUUCAGGACAUGCAAUGAGUGGCCACUACGCCAAGUCAUCAAGCUAUAUGGAGUUUUUCUCAUCAUUUCGUUAGUUAAUAAACAUUUGAAAUGAAUUCUGAACUCUUACAUUCCAGCAUAUACUGCAAUGCUUAAGCUAUUCAGGGAUUCGGAAAAGGCAUUACUGAACAAAAUAUAUCGUGCACAAUCGGUUUUAAGUAAAAUCCCAAAGUGAGUAAACAAGUUACCUUUAACGAGUACAGAAUAGAUGAGAACGUGUCAGGGAUCUAUGACCAAAUGAAGAUAGUCAAUAUUGCAAAAUAACAUCAGCGCUUUAGUCAAUGCAGUAAUCACAAUCUUCGUAUAGUAAACUGUAGUGAUACUGAGUAUUAUCGUAAAUCCUGCCUUUUGAACAAAACAAACUGAAAUUGGACACAAUACAAAUAAUUGUUGCACAAAAUCAUUUGUCAUUUGUACUUUUAAGCGCAUGUACGCGAAUGAAUCCAAAUUAUUAUUAUGUCCAAACACGGAGUGAUUAUAUCAACUCUAGAAUUUUUUCCGUUUUUUCCCUAUCUAUAUCAGGUCACCAUAAAAUAAAAUGUGUAACUUUUGUGUCAAAGCUGUUUAGAUUACUUCAAUAUUCAAUACCACUCUCUCUUCAGGAAAAAAAAUGAUGAUAAAGCAACCAGGUGUAAGUUUCUAAUAGUACUGUCGUUCAACCUUUGAAUUCCUGUCGAAAAUGGCAAUUUUCUGGUAUAACUAAGCAUACGUAACAGAAUCACACAAUCUGAACAAACAAUCUGAAAUAACAUCAUGUGGCUCUGGAGCGUAAGUGUACCGUGUAGACAUACGCAGUGAAACACAUCAAUCGUAACUCCUCAGUACAGCUGUGUUUUCGAUAGAUCAAGCGAAACAAUAUAAAACACUUCCUGUAGUCAUUAUCAAGACAAUAGCGAGAACACAGUAUCGGAAGAAGAAAUGUACUUUUGUCUGCAAACAAUAUAUAGAAACAGAGUUUCGAUCUCCACAAUGCGACCACAGUUUGUUUAAAUCAAGGAUAAGUCGGUAGCAUGUUUUGGUGUAUAAUCCAUUGGCGGAGACACCGAGUCUAAGACAGGUUUCCAGUGCCGACAACAUAUCGAAUGAUGAGUUGAUAACUGAAUACAAAGCAGAGUGUUCCAGUCUUCUUCUAGUGCAACAAUUGGUGCUAAUGAGGAGAUAUCAGUUCAAGCUCAAAACGUAUCGAUGGUGAAAAAGAGUAAAAGAGAAGGGCAAGAAGACAGAUAUCAAAGUACAGACAUCGAUAAAUUCAUAAAACCUUUUAAUUAUUUGGCUAAAGCAAUCAGUGCGGAACUACCAUGAUAUACAAUGUAUGGUCAAAAGAUAAGCAUAUAAAGUACUAAAAUCUG